AGAAAGCAACAGAAGCAGAUUGUGUUUAUUUCUUUCCUUUCCAUCGUUGGAAACAGAUCGUCGGAAGUUGAGAGUAACCGAUCGCCGUUUUGGCGCAACAGAUCCACUUCUUCCUUGUCCUUUGCGGUUUUACUUCUCUUCAUUUCAGUAAAAAUUUCCUAUUCGGUCAAUCUCUUGUUUCUUUGGCUCAUUUUCAUUGGAGCUUUGAGAUUUUCUUGAAUUGAUAUAGUCACACAUUGUUGUUGGCUCAAAUUGGAGCAUUGAGUUGUUAGAUUUGAUUGCAUUUCAAUCAUAUUAAUUUGAUUCUAUGAAUCCGUAUGUCAAAUCUGGGAUUUUUCUACGACCCUGAACAAUUUCUUCCUCCAAAGAACGAAAACAGAGUCAACAGAGACGACGGUUUUUGGACCGUGAAAUUUCUUUCUCUGAAUUAAGUUAGCGGCAACAUAGAGGAAAAGUUUUUGGAGGGAAAUAACUUCGGUCAUGCUGAAGGAUUAUUUUCUGAUUUCCCCCCAGAUUCAACGCAGCUUUUCACUUGCUGAAAGUUACUGAUGUGGCAACAAAUUGAGUGGUAAUUCUAAAGCUCGAUGAGACCCAACUUUGAACAUCCAAAAAAAUGGAAAGAGAGAGCCAAUACUGUUUCUCUGGCAAGCAGAAUCUUCCGUUCGAUCUGUGGAUUUAGCUUCUGAUGCUGUAAGUUUUUUGGUUACAAAUAUCCUUUUGAUGAUUCGAUCAAUCCAGAAUCCAAAGGGACUUGUGGAUUCAGGCAGUCUUGAUUUCAGAGUCGUCAUUCUUGGCUUCCUAAUUCGGAGUUUUGUGGUCUCAUAUUUGACAUCAAAUAUACGACUCAAAGUGCGAUUUGGCUAAAAAUUUGUCCCACUAAUCUUCAGCUUUAACAUUUGAAGCUUGUAUUCUAAAUUAUCUUGUUCGUACUUUCUGAAAAUUGAGGAAAAUUGCACCCAUAAAGCUAGCAAGAUACUGUUUUUGUGAAGGAAAAUGAAUAGGAGGCUGGUCUUGAAGCAUUCAGUUGCUCUUGUGGGCAUGCUGGUAUGUGUUAGUUGCUUUUUUAUUGUGAUUGUUACUGUUCUGAAGCUUCCGGAGGCGUCGCCUAGAAAUAGGGAAAUGGGGAUUUACCAUCCAACAUUCAAAUCCAGAAAAGUGCCUCAGAAUUUCAAAUUAGGUGAAUUUGGAAAAAUGAUGGUUGAAAUGUUACCUCAAGAUCUUUCCUUCACUAUUUUUAUUCCUUCAGAGGAAGCUUUCAAGCGUGAUUUGCAUUUAUCUGUAAAUGACAGCUUGACACCAGAGAAAUUUAACGAUACCUAUGCAAUUCUCACUCGUAUAUUGGGAUUCUCAGCUGUCCCUCGGGAGCUAUCUUCAGUUGAGGUACCUCUUGAUGAGCUGGUGUCCUAUGAUUCUUUAUCUGGGUUCCAAUUAUACGUUGCAAAAGACAUAGAUAGAAUGCUAUCUGUGAACAGGAUUCGAUCAAAAAUCACAGAUAUUAGAAAAAGGAAGAUUGUUAUGCAUAUUAUGGAUGGCGUUAUUAUGGAUUCUGAUUUUGAGCAAUCUUUUCUAUCUGAUGAUACUGAAGAGUGAAGACAAUUGACUGUUCGCUGUUCUGGAUCUAUACUUCAAACUGCGCUUAACAUAAAUAAGGUUAGAGUUCAAUUCGAGGGUUGAACAUACAUACACUCAGACCUGAUAGAGAUUUACGCAGAAUUUUCUUUUUCAUUUGAGGAAAAUAGUUGGCAUUGUUAUUAUUGCCAUUUUCCUUACAGGAAAGUUAUAAGGGUUGUAUUGUAUCAUAACUCAGGCUAGCUUAUACAUGUAACAAUGUUUGCGGAAUUAGUCGACUUGGAUGGUUCAAUUUGUAACUUAAGCUGAUUUGGCAAAAA